AUGGAUAUAGAGAUAUUUAAAGUAGUAUUUAACAAUAUAGUUUUAAGAAAUUUAAUAUUUGAAUAUGUAAGAGAUUCAUGUCAGUUUGAUCCCUAUGAAAAUAAGGAGCGAUUCACCUGGAAUCAAUUGAUACAGUUACCCUUUGUACUGGCAGGUAAUGGCUAUUUGGAGCAGUUGAAAGAGUAUUUCAAGUCUGGUUCAAUACACUUUUUGACAAAGAUGGAGGGUUUUCGUAUUCUAAGGAGUGCUGUUUUGGGUGGAAACCUGAACAUCGUAAAGUAUAUCUUGGAACAACAAAGAGCUACUCAUCUCUGUAGGAAUCCAAUGGGUAAUGCCGAUGUACUGACGUUUGCCGUACAGUCGAAGGACGAGAAUUUCGAAAUGGUGAGGUUUCUCUGUGGUUUGACUGAUAUCAAGUGGCACUAUGAGCACGCACUAUCAAAGGCAACACUCACUCAAAAUAUUGAAUUGGUCAAGUUCUUGAAUGACAGGAUCAGCGCCACCAGUAAGGACUACCAUAUACAUCUGGCAAUUGAACUCGCUGCCAGAGUAGGUAGAAUCGAUAUGAUAGAGCUGCUCUCCAAGGGCAGAGAGAAUGUACUUUCCUCAGCCGAGGUCUAUCACGAAGCAGUAUCCUCUAGCAAUAUCGAGUUGCUCAAGUAUCUCAAGGAAAAGAAUGUCGUGUACACCGACGUCGGUACUUGGUCAGCGGCAUUGAUGGAUGUUGCAGCUGAACGAGGUAAUCUUGAAAUUUUAAUAUGGUUGAACGAUAAUAGAAUAGGCAGUUGUACCAAUGCUGCAAUUGCGAAAGCUGCUGCCAAUGGUAACUUAAAAAUCAUUCAAUGGCUUCAUCACAAUCGUACUGAGGGAUGUGCUCCGGAUGCAAUUGAUAAAGCUUCAGCUAAUGGACACCUAAACAUUGUUCAAUGGUUAUAUCACAAUCGUACUGAAGGAUUUACAUCUGAUUCAAUGGACAAAGCAGCUAAAAACGGAUACUUGGAUGUUAUCAAGUGGUUGAAUCAAAACACUACAGCUAGUUGCACGGUAAGAGCCAUGACUGAUGCCGCUGGCGAAGGUUACAUUUCGUUGGUAAAGUGGCUGCAUGAAAAUAGAAGUGAAGGAUGUACUGAGCAAGCUAUGGAUCAAGCCGCUGCCAAUGGUUACCUUGAGAUGGUAAUGUGGUUAAAUGAAAAUAGAAGUGAAGGAUGUUCAACUCAUGCGAUGAAUAUGGCUUGCUAUGGAGGUUACCUUAGUAUCGCGCAAUAUCUACAUGAAAACAGGAGCGAAGGAUGCACCGAUGCAAUGGAUAACGCAAUUAGAAAAGGAUAUCAAACAAUCGUGGAGUGGAUGCAUGCCAACCGCACAGAAGGUUGUUCAUCGGCCGGCGCUGUCAUUGCUGAGGAAAAUGGUUAUCCUGAACUCGCCAAAUGGAUACGUGAAAACAGAACAGAGUGUGCUACCUACACAAAAGAAAUAUAUAAUCAACAACAGUAUUUGGCAGUCUCUCCUACUUUCCUAUCAUUUCCUUCAUUCAAUGAAUCACAAUCAUCAUCAUCUUCAUUAGGUGAAACGUUUCCAGUUCCAGUUCCAAGAUGUAAAAAAGCAGAUAGAGUUAUACCUCUUAAGAAACAGAAGAUGCCAAUCAAAUAA